CAGGCGUGGCAUUUAAAUGAACCACAUGAGCUUACUGGUACUCGUACUCGUUGUGGACAUAAGUCAAAGCUGCAGACAGACUUUGGGUAUAAAUAAGCAGAGCUAACGGCAGUGACAGUAUCAAACGCAAUCAUCCCUCGAAGAAGCAAGACCAAGAUGUUCAAAUACGCUGCCGUCAUCUUCGCCAUCCUGGCCUGCGCUUCUGCCAAGCCCGGCUUCCUUGCUACUCCUCUGGCCUACAACGCCUUUCCUGCCGCUGUCGUUGCUGCACCAGCUCCUGUUGUGACCGCCACCAGUAGCCAGGUGUUUGCAAGGAACUACAAUGGAGUUGCUGCUGCUCCCGUGAUCGCUCCAGUUGCUGCUCCUUUGGCUGCUCCAGUGCUCGCCAAGUAUGCCGCUGCUCCUUUGGCUGCUCCUUUGGCCGCUCCUUUGGCCGCUCCUUUGGCCUACCACUCAGCUCCCCUUGCGUACUCAGCUCCUCUGGCUAGUCCUCUGGGUUACUCAUCCCCUUUGGUCCAUAACACCUAUAACGCCUUUUCUGCCCCCGCACCGGUUCUGUUGUAAGAAUCUAGAAUAAACAAUACAAAUCGUUGAAUCCAUAA